AUGCCAGGCCGCCUCAAAGUCCAACGUCCCUCUCCGACGACUGUCUCCUUCACAGUAUCGAAUGCCCCCCAACGAUCGAGUUCUCCAGCCAAGGUCUUAUUCGGGCUUCAAAUACUGCUGCGCUCAAUUGUCUUCCUCUGUGUGAUUGCUCUCAGUAUCACACGCCUUCGAAUCUUCUUAUUUCAGGAGGAUGGCAGGGUGGUACGCUGGUCAGCCGUAUGGUCAAGUCCGCUCGGAUCCAAACUGUGUCGCCUGGUGGACUCAUAUAAUCCGCUAGCAAUUGUCGUUGUUAGCACAUUGGUGAUCUACUGUGUCUUCAGAAGAGGAUAUACUGAGGAAUCGCUCUUGGUUAUUCGAGGGUUCGGAAUUCAGACUUCGACAUUGUCUUCAACGUAUCUUUCUACUGCUGCAACAAGAUUUAUUCCUACGACACAAAUCCAGGACAUUGUGAUCCACGAGGCUUUCAAGGGCUUCGAAGUCCGCUUCUACUUGGCCGUCAUUGUCGAAGGGGAACCUGAUGCCUUGGUGGUCUUCCCGAACAUGUUGCCCAAACGAGAGAUUUUGGAGCAAGUUUGGAGAGGGUCGCGGCGAUGUCUCUACGAUUCGAAGUCAUGA